AUGAUGCAUCCAUCCAUGACUCCUCCAGGGCCUCGUGUCCAUCAUAAGAUUGCAGGCCAGCAUGCACUCUACAUAGACUCUCAACGCCGGAGAAUAUUCCGCUCAGCCGGCGACAAGCUUGACAAAGCCCCACGAUCGGAGGGUGCCGAAGGGACGCUCUGA